UAUUAGAGUUAGAAAAUGGAUCUACUUAAAACUUCCUAACCAGCAGGAAGAUACGAUUGAGUUAGAAAAUCAUAAAGUCAAUUUAUUGCUUAGAAUAUUUAUUGAGAGUGGUGCCGUUUUAUCUGGAUCGGAAUUAAAUUAUUUUAAUGUUUUUGACCAAUGCAUUGAAAUUAAACCCGAGCAGCG